UGAAAUUUGAAAAAGAGAACAUACAUUCUCCGCACCCCUAUCUAUGUACUUUCCUUUUCACCCUACUCUCUAUCCCUAAUCUUACCUCUUUGUUCCUCUGUCUCCUACUCUGUUACUUCGUUUUCUUCUUUCAUCUCUUUUUACUAUUUACACCUUAUUUCCCUUUUCAUCCUCUCCAUACCGUUUCAUUUUCAACCCUUUACACCCUCUCUCAUCCUUUUCUUUCCACCUCACACGCUUACAUUCUUUCUCUCCUCUAUAAUAUUGCUCCCAACCACCUCAAACACACAGAAACAAACCCUCUCCUACAUUCUUUCACUCAACAUCUUGUUUCAUUUUCAACCACACAAAUGGAUCAAGAAUAUCACUUUAAGAGGAACCAUGUGCCAGCAUUUGGAAGCUGGGAUUGGAAUGAUAAUCUUCCAUUCACACAGUGCUUUGAAACAGCAAGACAAGGUGGUUUUCUUCACUAUAGUUACAACUCUGAAACUGAAGAUCAAGAUCUCUAUGUUGCUGGUGAUUUGUAUGAUAAUCAUGUUGUUACUCCUGCUAUGAUUGUUGUUCCUCGUAGAAGGGAAAAGCUACGUUCCCAAAAUGAAAAAGAUGCAAAAAAGCAAAAUUGGGUGAACAAUGUCAUGAAUGAGCCACCAAUGUCAAGAGCAACACCAAAACCAGUUGAUGAAGAUUUGUACAAAAUUUCACCAGAUCUUCUUUAUGUCAAAACUACCAAGAAAAGAGGGUUGUGUUUCUUUCCGAGUUGCUUGUUUCCAACUUGCAUUGCAUGAGACAAGAAAAUUUUGAGAGUUAAUGUAUAUACAAGUGAUUAAAUGGAGACAUUGUUGGGUAUUGAUUAGUAGAUAGAUAUUCUCUUGGAUGAUAUUUAUUUGAAAUUAUAAUAUUUAAGGACCAAGAAGAUUAUCAUAUUAUAGUUUAUUUUUUCAACCUAAAGGGUUUGUUUUUUUAUUUUAUUUUAAUAUUUAGUGUUUGAUGUGUUUUGGGGUAUCAUUGCUUCGACUUUGAACUUUGUUUUUAAAAGCUCUGUUACCAGAAAUUAAAGAGAGAGAAAAAAGUCAAAAGUAAAUCUAUAACAAUUUAUUAUUAUUAUUAUUAUUAUUUAUGCA